GUGAGAGAGAGAGGGAGGGAGGGAGCAGAGAGGGUUACCUCAUAUCGAGCUGCUAGUGCACACGGUGCAGGGGAGAAGUUGUGGGAAAGUAAACAGCUCAGGAGAAUUCCAAUCCGGUUUUCAGCCACUUGCAGCUCUCGAAGGGGAGACCGUAAAGAUGACUGGACCGGAGCCGGCAGUGUGGUGACACAACUGGGCUUUAUGGGAGGCUGCCGGGAUUAAAAGGUCACCAGGGAGUGCCCGAAGCUUCCCGGAGGACGUACAGCUGAAGCCGAGGAGGGAUCAUGUCUAGCGGGAUGGGUCAACAGCAACCGCCUAAGGAGGAUGAAGAGGAGGAAGAUGAGGAGCAAGGGGAAGAGUUCUCCUUUGAGGACAGUGUGGACGAGGAGAAACCCGAGGAGGACCGGACCGGGAUCCCCUCCGAUUCCGUUUGUGCCGACGAGUCGUCGAAAAAGGAGGCCAGCGUGGACAGUGUGCCGCCGACAGGCGCCGACGGCACACAACCUCUCACAACUUUGCCUCCUGCUGGACCGGAGGGCGUCCUCACCGAAGAUGGAGCUGCGAUUUCCACUGCAGAUGUUCCAGUUCACGAGUCACCCGGCGGGGCCUCGGCAGCAGAGCUCCGGGAGCUUCCUGUCGAGACGCCGACCGACUCGGGAGACCGCGGCAAAGAAACCGGCGAGGAAAGCUCCGAGGCCCGGGACCCCUCCGGUACAGCAGCUCCCCGUGAGCCGGAGGCCUCGGGGGUGAUCUACGACGACGUCCCGGGCGAGGAGCCGCUCUCCCCCGACGAAGAUAUGAUCUACGAGGACGUUCAGCGGGACGGCGCCCCGCCGGACGCCGACGACGGCUGGAGCUCCAGCGAGUUCGAAAGCUACGACGAGCAGUCGGACAACGAGACCAAACACCCGGCCCCGAGCAAGCCCCCCCCUGAAGGGUGCCGGCUGAGGGACCGCUGUGCCCGGACCAAGCGAGAGCUGGCCAUGAGGCUGUCGGGCAAACACAACUAUGACAUCAAGGUGCAGCAGCUGAUGAAGGCGGCGAGGAGCGGCACGAAGGACGGCCUCGAGAAGACCAAGAUCGCCGUCAUGCGCAAAGUGUCCUUCCUGCAGAGGAAAGACCAGCUGGAAGAGGAGGAUGAUGCCGGGUACCUGGAUGUGGCCGUGUCGGAGGUGAAGCAUCCUCCUCCUCAGCUGAGCCCCAUGCCGGAGGGGCUGACCAGCCACCAGGUCGUCAGACGCCACAUCCUGGGCUCCAUCAUCCAGAGCGAGCAGAGCUACCUGGAGUCUCUCAGGAGGAUCUUGCAGGAGUACCAGAGGCCGUUGAUGGAGGCGGAGCCACGCAUCCUGAGCUCGAGGAAGAUCCGGCCCAUAUUUUACCGCAUGAGGGAGAUCACGCAGUGCCACUCCAUGUUCCAGAUCGCGCUGGCGUCCCGCGUGGCCGAGUGGGACAGCAGCGAGAAGAUCGGAGACUUGUUCGUGGCCUCGUUCUCCAAGUCCAUGGUGCUGGACGUGUACAGCGAAUACGUGAACAACUUCACCAACGCCAUGGCUCUGAUUAAGAAGGCGUGCAUGUCCAAACCAGCUUUCCUGGAAUUCCUAAAGAAGAAGCAGGCGUCGAGCGUGGACCGGAUCACCCUGUACGGCCUGAUGGUGAAGCCCAUUCAGCGGUUCCCUCAGUUCAUAUUGCUCCUGCAGGACAUGCUGAAGAACACGCCCCGGGGCCACGUGGACCGCCUGCCGCUGCAGCUCGCGCUCACCGAGCUGGAGACGCUCGCCGAGAAGCUCAACGAACAGAAACGAGUCGCCGACCAGGUCGCCGAGACGCAGCAGCUCGCACGCAGCGUCAGCGACCGGCUGCUCAGCAAGCAGCUGAGCUCAGAGCAGGGCUCCCUGGUGCUCUGCGAGACGCUCAUCGAGACGGUGUACGGCGAGCGGGGCCAGGUGCUGAAGUCCAAGGAGAGGAAGGUGUUCCUCUUCGACGACGUGCUCGUCUGCGCCAACAUCAACGUCAAGGGGCCUCCGGAUAUCAGCAGCCUGGUCCCCGUGGGCCCCAAGUACACCAUGAAGUGGAGCGCCCCGCUGCAGCAGGUGCAGGUGGUGGAGGUGGGCCAGGAGGGCCCUCAGAGCAAAGAGACCCUCUUCCAACAGGGCGGGGCCAAGCGAGCCGGCGCCUCAGGCAAAGCCUUCCUCGGCCCUCCGCGGCUCUACCAGGAGCUCCAGGAGCUGCAGCACGACCUCUCCGUGGUGGAGGAGGUCACGCUCCUCGUGGGCACCCUGCAGGGAAUGUACCAGAACCUGAACACCACCGUGGCCCAGGACUGGUGUCUGGCUCUGCAGAGGCUUAUCCGCAUCAAAGAAGAACAGCUGCAGAGCGCUAACAAAUGUCGCUUACGCCUGCAGGUGCCCGGCAGACCAGACAAGUCAGGCCGUCCCGUCAGCUUCAUGGUGGUCCUCAACACGCCCAGCCCCCUGAGUAAGAUCUCCUGGGUCAACCGUCUGCACUUGGCCAAGAUCGCACAACGGGAGGAGAACUCCGCCGGCUGGCUGAGCGUCCAGGACGAGGGGAAAGCCGUGGCCCCGUUCUCCUGCCCGCUGCUCGCCUGUCACAUGGCCGUCUUCGCCACCAAGUCCCCAGAGAGGAAGCUGGAAGCCGCCAUCCACAACCCGGUCCACUGUGCACUGUUGGGCUUCUCUGCAGCGAGCACCUCCUUACCGCAAGGCUACUUUUGGGUGGCGGGUGGAGAAGGUUCCAAUGGGCAGAUCGAGAUAUUCUCCCUCAACAGACCGACGCCGAGGACCGUCAAGAGCCUGCCGGUCGGCUCCACCGUCCGAUGCCUGGAGUACGUGCCGGAGCCUUCGCCGAGCGAGGAGGAAGUCCACAAGGCGCCCUCGGGGAUCGGCGCCAACGUUUGCGUCGGCUUGGACGACGGACGGGUGCUGGUGUACGGCAGCGUGGACACGGCGGCGCAGUGCCUGCUGACCCUGAGCAACCCCGAGGGCUGCCCCGUGCUGUGCCUGAAGCACGCCGGCCGCUUCCUGUUCGCCGGCCUGCGGAACGGGAGCCUGAUGGUUUACGGGAGAAGAGACGGCGAUGAUUUCUGGGACCCGGACUCGGGCCGAUGUGUCAAACUGGGCUCAGAACCGGUGCGGAAGCUGCUGGUGCUGGACGACUCGGUGUGGGCGAGCUGCGGGAACUCCGUCUCCGUGGUGGACAUCUCCGGCCUCGGCACUCAGUCAUCGUGCUCGAAAAUCCAUUUGUCGGUGUUUGUUUCUUCUAUUUCCGCAGGUCAAGAGAGCAUGCGAGUCACGAGCCUGCUGAUUUGCCAGGGGCUGUUGUGGGUGGGCACGGCCCAAGGCUUAAUUAUCACUCUUCCAGUUCCCAAACUCGAGGGCAUCCCCAAAAUAACAGGAAAGGGAAUGGUCUCUCUGAACGCUCAUUGUGGGCCCGUGGACUUCCUGGUGGCCACCAGCAGCGGCCUGUCCCCUGAGCUGCUGAAGAGGGACUCUGUCGGGGACGGCCCGGACUCUGCGUUCGGGGGCGAGGACCGCAGCGACACCUCCUCCCAGGAGUCCCUGCAGCAGUCCUACCAGGGCGAGGGGCGGGGCAAAGGGCGCGGCGUGCUGCUGCAGUACAAGCUGCGCUCCACGUCGGGCCUGCCCGGGCGGCCGCUGACGGCGCUCGGCGACGAGGCGUCGGACUCCUCCCUGGAGUCUCUGGAGCACAGCGUGGAAGACGGCUCCAUCUACGAGCUCAGCGACGACCCGGAGAUGUGGGUCCGGGGGCGCCCCUGUGAGCGGGACAGGGGCCGCAGGGACAGGGUGGUCUCCGCCGCCGUCAUCUCCGGGGGAAAGGGCUUCCGCAGGCUGAAGGAAGGAGCGGCGGCGGGUACCCGGACAGGUGGGGAGGGCUUAGAGAACAUCCUCAUGGUAUGGCAGCUCCCACUGAGAGUGUAAUGGGGGGGGGGUCUUCAUACAUGUAUUCUACCCAGGACUCAAUUUAACCUCAAUCGCCACGUCAUUUUAUUUCACGCGGCGUGGGCCGCCUCGCCUUUUUGUUUGCGUCCGCCGCGCUCUGCGGAGUAAGAGACGGACAUCUUCUAUGUGAACCCGCAUCACAAAGCACAUGAGCGUCACUUUAUUAGCGUCGCCAGCCUCCUCUCUCUCUCUCUCUCUCAUCCCGUACAAUGUGAAUGUAAGAUUCCUUCUGUUGUGUCUCAAAAUGGAAUCUCAACUCUUUUUUUUUUUUCACUGUCUCGUUGCAGAAAACGAUUUUAUUUUUGGUGACGGAAAAUACUUUGUUGGGGGAGGGGUCACGGUCGUACAGAUAACUGAUGUUACAAAAGGUACAAUGAGUCCAAGAUCAUCUUGCGCCACAUUACAGAAUCUGUAUUUGCACAGUUUUUGGGGGCGGGGGGGGGGGGGGGGGGGUUUGAGGAAAAGACGUUUCUUUGUGCCACAUUUUAGAGUUUCAUCUGCAUUUAUCUACUGAAAUUCAUUUCAUUAUUGGCUCAACAGUUGAGAUGAGCCAAACGAUAGCUUGAAACCUCAGUUACACAUCAAAGGCAAAAAAAAUAAAUCAAGGUACAAUCGUCUAAGAUGAUAUUGCGCCACAUUAACUAAAUUUUUUUUAAGGAAAAGAUAUUUUAGAGUAUCAUCUGCCCCAGGUACUGUAAAUGUAGUAUGAGUAUCAUCUGCAUUUAUCUACUGGAAAUGCCCGGUGCAUGUUUCAUUGUUGGCUCAACAGUUGAGAUAAAACAAACGACAGCUUGAAACCUCAGUUACACAUCAAAAGAAAAAGAAAAAAAUUUAAGGUACAAUCGUCUAAGAUUGCGCCACAUAAUAAUAAUUUUUUUUUAAGGAAAAGAUGCUUCUUUGUGACACAUUUUAGAGUAUCAUCUGCAUUUAUCUACUGGAAAUGCCCGAUGUAUGUUUCAUUAUUCAACAGCGAGAUGAAACAAACGACAGCUGGAAACCUCAAAAGCAAAACUCUACAAUCGCACAAUGAAAAUAUCUAAAAGGCUGCCGCCAUACCAACCGCCAUCGGCUAUGAAUCGACAGAGGGGGCGACGCCACUGAGCAUUAUUACAUGCACAUGAAUACCCUACAUGGUUCUGAUUCAAAGGGCGAUUUACAUCGCACAUGUCUGUAUUACAGUUAACACGCCGUGAUGUAUUUGAUCUCUAAGUCGUGCUAACUGUGUCCCAUCAAAACUUGUUUUUCGUGCUUAAUACUUGGUACAUAUUUGGAGUUUAAUGCAAAUAUUAAUGUUGUUUUAUGAUCGAAAUAUGAGGACGCACGUAAAUAUCUUGUCAUGCCUUGUUGGGUGGAAACGUCGCAUCUGGAUUCGUGAAAAGAUUCGAUGGUGUGUCUUUAACACUUAAAAAACCACUUUUACUUAUCGGAUCGUAAGAAUGUAAAAUACGAGCUGGAGAAGCAGAGUGUGGAAUAUUGUGUUCACUUCAUAACUCCGUAAUUUAAAAGGCUGGUAGCCUUGGCAGGCUUAUAAUUAUGGACUAUUGGCAUGCGUCUUAACGAAAAACACAACUUUACAGCACAUAUAUUCCACAGUGUGAUGAGUGGGCGGAGGCCAGGAUGAAGAUCUUUGUGUAUUUUCAAUAAACAAAGCGAUGGCGAAGGUUAUGGUAUGUAAUGUUUCUCCACCUCUAUCUCUACUUCGCCCUUCCACCGCGCACACGGAAUCUCAUCUUAUCCUUCCACGCCGAUAAAGCGUGAACGACCCUGAGGCGCAACUGAGGUUUAUUGUUAUAUUUCCUUUUUCUUCUGGAGCAUUUUAACAUCCCAUCAGCCGUGAAUAAAUACGAUGAUGUAAACUGUGGCUGUACGCCGUUGUCUAAAUGUAAAUGUCGGAAUGUACACUCGGUCAACGCUGCGGCAGCCGCGGCGCCCUAAUGGUCACCGUGGAUGUUGCUUGUUCAACCUCGACCAGACGAUCAGCGCCAUUUCCUGGACGAGCGUCUCCGCUAACAACCGAGAUUCAAUCUCGAGUGCGGUCUGGUGACAUUUGGUGGACUCGUACAUUUCAAGAGUCAUCCAUGCACUGAAUGUGAAUACUUAUGAAUGAACGUACUGUACUACUAGUUACAAAACGGCCACUGUACUAAUUUAACCUGCAUUUUUAUUUUGUAACGUGGACUCUGUAACAGUGUUGAUGUUUUUUUUAAAUGAGACUAUCCAAGGACAGUGUAAUGCAAUUUAAGGGAGAUUCUCGUUUAUUUACGAACUGGAUGUUGUAUUAUUUUUUUCAUUCGGCCAUCAGUUAUGGUAACUAUGGUAACGCCACGAGUUAAAAGAUGAGAGCUGGGAACACGUGGACAAGAAACACAAGGAGUCACAUGAUACAGUUUUUUAGGGGGUAUAUUUUGGAAGAAAGUAACAGGGAAGCAUUACAACAGAUAUCUAACUGUCUGUUGUAGACAUCCGUCUGAGUUUACAGGCCAACUUUGACCUUUACAACCUGUGUGAUCAUCUGACUGCCCGAAAUCUCACUGGUUGAAAUGAUGGAAGCGUGGGUACAAAAGAGAAGUCAUGAACUGGAAUUAAAGUAUUACGCUCACAGGCAUGUAGAAAAACUGCUUAUUUCCAUUCGGUACAAUACUCGUGUUACAUAACUAAACAUUGUCUAACAAGCUUAUGCUGAAUUAAAAACAUGUUUAAAACUUGA